GCACAUGUUUUAGCUUCUCUCGGGUGUUGUACAAUCUUGCAUAUUGCGCAGUUUUCCUACAUUAUUCUGUAAAUCGGCUGCUGUCUUCUAUUUUAAUUGUAACAUUGUAUUUUUACCCGAAUAUGCUGUAUUAUCUAUAAUUGCAUCAUAUUUUUGCCUUUUCUGAUAAGUUCUUUCUCUUCUGUUUUACAGCUUAACUUGAAAGGAGAAGCAGAUUACCAAGUCAGGAGAGACAAGGACGUAUCGGAGCAAUAUCCAAGAUGACGAAUGAAGACGAUUCUUCCACACCUGCUGGAUGAUGGGAAACCCGGAGGUAGAAAGCAUCAACGGUCAGCGAGCCGGUUUGGACGCAGAGCUGAAGGCGGAGAUGAGCGGUCGGUUUGACAUUUGGCAGAAUCACUGAAAGGUCACCAGUGGGUUUUCCUGGGUCAGAAAAGAAAAGAUCCAGCCUCCUGGAUCCUGCUGUGAAGCUGGGAUGAUGCUGAUGAUGUCAGCAGGAGGGCUUCACCAGAUUUAUAAAGCUCCUGGCAUCCAGGAUCAGAUCAACCUUCGCUCCAGAGGAGCUCCACCAAAGACCCGGCAAGUUCUGCUCUAAAGGAGAGACUCUGCGUCGGAUCCAGACCAUCCAGCAGGAUCUGGGACUUACAGAACCAUGUUGUUCUCCAGCAGCCUCCUGCAGCAGUGGUUCUUCGCUGUGUUCCUGCUCUGCUCUCCGGUUCCGUUCGCGGGUCGGCCCGUGGACACCCUGAGCAGCAGAAUGAGGCGCUCAGUGACUCACACUCAGCUCAUGCACGACAAAAGCCGGAUGCUGCAGGACUUCAGGCGCCGCAUUUUCCUGCAGGGCCUUCUGGACGGUGUCCACACGGCCGAAUUCUUCCCGGUGCGGAGCGUCGGGGCCGGAGGCAGCGGCGGCGCUGGCGUCGGCCUGCCCGGACCCGGUCUGGGGAUCAACCCGAGCACCACGGGCAGCACCCUGCAGUCCAAACCUCCCGGAGGAACCAAGAACCUCCCCGUCAGCUUCCAGGUGGAGGAGGAGGAGGGCACCAACCUGCCGCAGGAGACCAACAAGUCUCAGCCGUACAAGGACAGCACGCAGAAGGUCCCUGGAAAGAGGAAGAGGAAGGGGAAGUCUGGGAGGAGGAAGGAAGGGGAGAAGAGGAAGAGGACGGUGCGCUCCGUAAGGUGGAGGCUGGAGGAUGAAGCUGGGAGCGGACUCCACCUGGAGUGGAGGUCCCUGCUGGGCCUGCAGAGGGCGCCGCAGUGAGACGCUGUCAGACCGACCAAGAACCCGCCUUGGCCUCCUGGACUCCUAAAUGUUCACGACUCUCAGCCUCCUGUGAUUGUGAGCGUUUGGACAGCAAAUAGAAAAUAUUUAUUGUGUGUAAAUAUCUGAGAAUCAGAAGCAGGUUAUGUUUAAAUGAAACCUUACUGCCGCUCUGUGCAGCGGCUGAUUUUAAUCUUUGUGAAUCCUUUUUUUUAUUCCGGUGAUGUCUGAUUAUUUCCAGUAAUUUAUUUGGGUGUAUUUAUUUUGGAAACGUAUCGAGGUGCUGCUGACCUUCUAUAUUUUUGUACCAUAAUGCACUUUAGAUAUCUGACUAUAACCUAUAAACCAUGAUCCUGUUGUUGUUGUUGAUGUUUUUGACCAAAGUGAAGAAAGCUUGACUUUUUUCUCUUUUUCUGUAUUUUUUUUUUAAGAAUGUGUUUGUUUCGUUGAAGCUGUACGAUGUUGUCCAUCCUCGUGAUGCCUUCACUGACCGUUGGUUUUCUCCACGCUGCGCUUCUUCAGGCCAAAGUUCACAUGUGUACCCAAACACAACUGGUUCAUGUUUGUGCACUGAGAUGAAGCUCUUGUUCUGAACAGAUUAAAAGUGUCGUCAUAUCUGAA